CGCUAGACCUUGGUGCCUUGACUCUCCCUUGAAGAAAACUUUGGGAGGUGGUAGAAAACUUGCGCUCCAUGGGUUCAUAAUUAGCUCCGAUGAGGUUGGCUUGCCCAGCUGUGCACACUAGAGUUUUCUUGCGAUGCAAGGAGACUUGAGUCGGCCCCCUUUCUCAAGAAGUACAAAAUGGCAGCUGAAUUUGGGCUUGAACCAAUCGUCAGACCAACCUUCUACUUGAUGUUGGUCUGGCGAUGACGCUGCUGUCGAGGCUGCGUCUGGUGACGGUGGACGUGACCGGGACGCUCAUAGCCUACCGGGGGCAGCUCGGCGACUACUACUGCACGGCGGCGAGGUCCGCCGGGAUGCCCUGCCCCGGCUACACGCGCAUGCAUCAGAGCUUCAACGUCGCCUACGCCGACAUGGCGAGGAGGCACCCCUGCUUCGGCCACGCCUCCGGGAUACCCGACGUCGACUGGUGGAAGAUGUGCGUCAGGGACUCCUUCGCCAGGGCUGGAUACGAAUACGAUGAUGGUACAUUUGAGCAGAUAUUCAGGCGAAUCUACUCCGUUUUCGGCACCCCUGCCCCGUACUCCGUCUUCCCCGACGCGCGACGCUUCCUGAGAUGGCUGCGCGACGAGAAGGUCACGGUCGGGAUCAUCAGCAACGCCGACCACCGUUACAGGGACGUCGUCCUGCCCGCACUGGGACUGAACAAGGGGUUGGAGUGGGACUUCGGGGUGUUCUCGGGCGUCGCCGGCGUCGAGAAGCCCGACCGGAGGAUCUACGAGAUGGCGCUGGAGGCGGCGGGCGGCGUGGCGCCGGAGCAGGCGCUGCAUAUUGGCGACAGCAUGAGCAAGGACUACGCGCCGGCGCGGGCCGUCGGGAUGCACGCGCUGCUGCUGGACAGGUUCAGGACCGCCGACGCCGAGAGGUGGCGGCGGGCCGGCGCGCCCGUGCUCCCGGACCUCGUCUCUGCCCAGCAUUGGCUCACCACCGGGGACCAUUCUCCUCCGGCAGUGGAGGAACCAAGAACAGCUGAGCGGGAUUAAUGGCUGAAAUCAGGGAACACUUGAUAAUUGCAGUGGAUCCUCCUUCGACGGAGGAACAGAGAGCAGCUGGGCGGGACUAAUGUCUGAAAAUCAGGAAGAAGGUGCCAUGGCGAUCCCUGCAAGCCUGCAAGCUGCAACCAUAUGAAAUCAGGGAGCCAGAGAAAUGGUUACUGGCUGGUUGGUGUAAUUAUUGGGAUCGCCAACUGUUGUGCUGUAAACAUGGAUUAUUAAGAAGAUUUUUUUAGCAUAACAAAUUUUUCUCUGGAAGGGACUGUACAGCAGGGCGAGGAAUGCUGAUUAACGCUCGUUUCAC